AUGGAUUUUAUUAAGGUUGAGGACCAACGGAAAUAUAUAGAAGGAAAUAAGGGAUAUCAAUUGUUUUACCUAAACUCGAGUACAUCUAAAGAAUAUGGUUCUCAUAUAGAUGUUUUAAAUAUGAUGUUAGAAGAUUAUUCUUCUGUCCUUAAGAUAUAUGUCAUAAAUGUUGUGGAUGAUAAUAAUAAAUAUGAAUUUCAAUUUUAUGCAAAAUCACAAUUAAUUAAAAGUUUUGUUAAUACUAAUAUAGGUAGCAUUACCUCUUUUUUAAGAAAAUACAUGCAAACCUUAUCAUAUGAACAAGAUACCGAAGAAAAAAAUAAAGAAAAAGAGAGAGAAAAACAAAUUAUUGAACGAAUACAAAAUCUUUUAAAAAAUAACAAAAUUAUUUUAUUUAUGAAAGGUACUAAAACUUUUCCUCAAUGUAAAUUUAGUAAUGCCGUUAUAUUUAUGUUAAAUAGUAUGAAAAUAAAAUAUGAAACAUAUAAUAUAUUAGAAGAUCAAGAUAUUAGAGCUCACUUAAAAAUAUAUUCAAAUUGGCCUACAUAUCCACAAUUAUAUAUAAAUACUGAAUUGAUCGGUGGUCAUGAUAUUAUAAAAAGUAUGUAUGAUAAUAAUGAACUUGCCUUAAUUAUACCAGAUGACUGUUUCGAAGAAUAA